AUUGCUAGAACUCAUAUUCGUCACAAGCGCAGUAGCGAUAUGUCUUUUCGGAAACGAGUGACAGUGAACGUCUUUUGUUUCUUCGUUUUAGCGGCAUGGGCAGUAGUGGCUGACGACCCUUACGAGAACGAGUAUGGUGACGAGUAUGGUGUCGAGUGGUUGUACUUCGUCACGGACAAUGCUACGAGAAUCGUGAUGAACUUCUCUUCACUACCUGCUGACACCAGAGGACUCUUAUUCGGAGAAGCUUACUUCACUUUGUACACCAGACAAAACCGGGAUAAUCCUGAACCACUAAUCAUACCUGAAGGCGACGCGAACAUAAAUAGCACAUACUUCAAUGCUUCAAAUGAUAUUAAAGUGAUAACGCAUGGGUGGAUAUCCAGCGAGAGCACCACUUGGCUACAGAACAUAAGGGACGAAUAUUUGGUAAAAUAUGACUAUAAUGUCAUCACAGUAGAUUGGAGCGAAAUAGCACGGAACCCGUCCUAUGUAUGGCCGGCUCUUAGCACGCGUUAUGUAGGGAAGCGAGUCGCCAAAUUACUCGAUUCUCUAGAAAAAUCUUACCAGGGACAAAGAAAAUUGCAUCUAAUCGGGCACAGUUUAGGAGCACAAGUGAUGGGCUACGCUGGCAUGUUCUCAGGAAGGAGGAUUGAUAGAAUUACAGGACUAGACCCUGCCCGUCCACUUUUCGAAUUCCCUGAAAUGCCAGCAAACUUUCGUCUAGAGAAAAGUGACGCGGAAUUCGUAGAUAUCAUUCACUCUUGCGCUGGAGUGUAUGGGUAUAGGAACAGUCACGGACACGCAGAUUUCUACCCUAAUAGCGGCCGUCCACGGCAACCAGGUUGUGAGGGUCCGCAGUAUAUGAUAGAGGGAUGCAGUCACGGAAGAUCAUGUGAAUUUUAUAACGAGUCUAUAAGUUCGGAUGUCCCGUUUAUAGCGUAUCCCUGCGACAGCUGGAAAAGCUUCCAAAACGGAAACUGCAAGACGGACUCUACCAAAAUGGGGGACCCAGUAUGCUUGAACAGUCGAGGAGACUAUUACCUACAUACCCAUAACACAUACAAAUAUGCCAUGGGCGACGAAUUUGAAUGAAAUGUAUUUCUAGAUAUAGAUAAUUAUAUACAAAUCGUCGUCUUAUAGUGAAAAACCUACAUUAGGGUGUGGUUUCAGCAGAUAAAACCUCGCAAUAGACAAAGUUUUAAUAAAAGUAAUAAUUUGUGGUCUUAAUUUUGACCCGGCUUCAAAUAAUUGAAAGAAGUAGAAGUGUCGUUGUGAAAAUCAUAUCAGAAUGAUAUGUCAAAAAGGCGCUUUAAUAAGGCGAGGAAAUGUAGAUGUGAUGAAAUUGCUGCAGAGGAAUAAGGGUAAUCUUUCUUGUGUGUGUUUUAUUGUCUUUUAUGUUGUGACUUGUCUGCAAU